AUGCGCAUGAUGGAUAUGAUAUACUGGAAUCCCAAAAAGGAGAAAGCUAUGACCCGACGCCACGUGGAGACAGAGUCCGUGAAGUCUGCAGUCUGUGAGGAAAAACAGUCUUCCAUUGAAAAACUUAACAACAGCGGCAGUAAAUCGGCAGCCCCACAGGUUAAUAAUCUGGACCACGGCGACUUUGUGAUCGACGAGAAAGACCGAGUAUCUCGAAAAGUUACUUCACUCUCGUUCCGGAAUCGCCUAUGGCGCAAAGGUACAACCUGGACGGAAAAGGAAACUGAGUUAUUCUACGGUAUUCUUUCUACUGUGUUGGGGCUACUUAUGGAACGAUAUUCAGAAAUUCUUCGGUGUACGGGCCCGGACUUUGGAUUGAUGCACGAAUUUUUUCCAACGCGAGCUCGCAAUGAGCUCAAGACCAAGUUCAAUCGAGAAGAGAGGAAUAAUUGGGAAAAACUGAAAGAG